AUGAAUCUGCUUGUGCUUGACUGGCAGCACCGCCACACUCUCUUCCUCACACAGGCGCUCUAUCAGCCUGUCUACCGCUGCUGCGGCCGGGCCACACCCACCAUCUGGCGUUUCCUCCGCCGAAACUUUUUCCUCCCGCCCGAUGGGCUGCCCAUUUUCGAGCCCGAGAGUUUCCGCCUCCGCCGAACCUCCCCGCUAAACUACCAAGACAUAACAGACUUACUUAGCCAGCGUGAGGAGCAGCAGUCGCGGCAUCCCCGGCGGCUCGACGUGCUAAAGCCCGGACCUGUGCCGAGCCUAGCGGAGACGUUCGGGAUGACGACGGGGCUGAACUGGGUGACGAUCCUGGUUCGGAGGCCCGGGAAUUUGUCUAGGAAUCUGGAGGAGAGUGUGUAUGAGAGGGUGGAGGGGUGGAUGAGGAAGGAGUUUGGGGAGAGGCGAGUGGUGGUGUUUGAUGGGAGCCUGCCCCUCAUGGAAGCCCGAGCUCUCUUCCGCCGAGCCGCCCUAUUGGUCGGCACGCACGGGGCCCGCGCUGACCAACCUCCUCUUCAUGCCACGUGGCGCUUUCCUACUGGAGAUCCGCCCUCGGGGUUACCCUAA